AUGGGUCUGCGAGCCUUACAGACAGCGCGGCGUGGGACAGGUGAGUUAGUGUUAGCGAGGACCCGGCGUGUGAAGCGCGCGGCGUCUCCCCCGUCAGGAGGCGCUAACAAGAAUAGACGCCCCAACUCACUCGGCGUAACCUCAACACCGCCGUCCAAACCCUCGUCAGGAAGGCCGUCCCCAGCGCGCUCCCCUGUGCCCAAGAAGACAGGCGGUGUGAACAAGGCCUCCACGCCCCCAGGGAAGAGCGUCACGUGUGCCCAAGGUCCUGUCUUGGCCACGGAGGCGCGUAGUAAGGUCCGCCCCUGUGGUUGCUCCCGACGGCACGGCGCGGGUCACCACCAUCCGCCGGAGACGCCGAAGGAACCUAUCCGCCGCAAGCCCAAGACAGAGCCGCCCGUGAAGGCCUCGUCGCCGCUCCCCGCCAAGCCGCCCAAGCAGACGUGCCUCGCGCCGCUCAUGGCCUUGCCCGAGAAGACUGGCAGCAACAGAUACGUGACCACCCUGACGUGGGUCCCCAAGCAGACGUCCUCCGCCUACUCCACCACUGUCAUCGUGUCCAACCGGGACCCAGCCUUCUCCGAGGUCAUAUGCAUCAAGCAGCGAGGAAGGUGUCCCGACAACCUGGCUGAGGCACGGAAGCACUGAGGGGCCGCUGCUCCUAUGAGGACUUCAUGUGUCUUCCUCUCCUUCUUGGGUGGAGGGGAACGGUGUACUGAAGAGGUCUCGUCAGGGUCUGAAAUAGUCAUUAUUUCAUGAGAUCUGACUAGACUUUCCUUUUACCACACUCCUAUCUGUGACUGGAGAAUACGAAUGGCAGCAAUAACUUUAACUGGCAAACUCCUUCAAUGAAAGUGUCAUUCUUGAUCUUUAGCAACCCUUUCUUUCCAUUCAGGAGUCCUGCCCAAGACAUUAUGAGUAAGGUCACAAAAAUUACUAUUCUCUCCUGAAAUGACACAAGUAAUCUAUCAAUAUUCAGGACUCGGACAAUAAAGAUCUUUAAUAAUACAUAGUCUGUCCAACCAUGAUGCACCCCUCCCUAACAGCUAUUACAUGGCUUGCUUGGCUGUAUCACUUACAGCCUUACCAAAAGAGCUGACAUAAUCUCAUAGAAUUGAAUACAGCCAAGCCAGCCACUCGAUGACUGUUAGGAAGGCAUGACUGAAGAUAUAUCAAGAUUAAACAAAGUAUGGUAAUAUUAAAACGAAUAAACUAAAUGAAUGACUUGUCACUUAUAAGAAUGUACAGUAAACCCUUGAUUAUGCAAUUAUAAUGGACUGGAAACUAACUAUAAACAAUAUCUAUCAGGAAAAUGCUGGUGGUGCAGUGGAAUUCAAAUAUCUUAGAACCUUAUCAGGGAAACUGAGAUCUGUGGAGACAAGAUUUUACUGUACAAAACCACGUUCCUUCUGUGACAUUGAAAAGCAUGAAGCCACCCUGUACACACUACAAAUGAUCUGUGACCAAUAUUAAUUAAUUAUGCCUUGGCAGGACUUGCCCUAACACCAGACAAAAUGGUAUACAAAUUGACUAUUAUAAAUAUGUGUGGUGUAGAGACUUAACAGAUUAAUUAUGAUAUUUACCUCUCAAACUUAUCUUUUGUUCAUACAUAAUGUCUGCAAUGGCCUUUAUGUACAUUCCUAAUUUUCUUAUCUAUUGAAUUAAGUAUGUUCCUGCAGAUGUGCUUUUCUGCAGUCCUCCAUGUGAUAAAUUAUCCAUGUAAAGAUGUAUUACAGUGUAUAACCUACAUUAUAUAUAGUGGCUGAAUUACUGCUUACUAGGUGCUUAAUAUUGUUUGUGAAGCUGUGUGGGAAGAUUAGCUAGGAUGCAAACUUUAUCGAAUUACCUCAGCAAAUAAACUUUUUAACUUGGAA